GGAGACCCAGAGAGGAAGCUGGAAUCCUCAGCUAUCCUGGCCUCAGGCUGCUCCUCUAGUCUGUGACUCGCUCAGGCCACACCCAGUGCCUGCACCACCCGUGGUUUUCUGAGCGUAGCUGGAGUUUUCCUUUGAGAACUGGAGAAACGAGGACGUAUGAAUGACCCCCUCGCCGGGGACAAGCCCGGGAGAUCCCGGGGGCGCGCCGGGUGCACUUCGCGCGCCGGGGGGUGUGGGCCACCCUUGGAUCCCCCGGCCCCGGAUCCCGCCCUGGCUGGGACCGACGGGGACCUUUCAGCAGCAAGUGGGGACGUGAGAUCGCGAACGCGAGAGAAUCUGGAUUGCCAGUCCUGGGUCAGAGAGAAAGUGCUCUUUCUUCUGCAUCCCCAGAGGUGGUUGGGAACACCAGCGGACCCUGCUUGCGCAGAGCUGGAGGAUAGCGAGGACUUUCCCCCGAGGGUUGGAGACCACCGCGAUUCCGAACCGGACCCGAAGCUUUCCCGCAGGCGCAUUGCCACGGCUCCCAGAUUCCAGCCCGGGGACCCCGCAGCCACACCCAAGUCGGUGCUGGUGCGGGUCGUGGAUUACCAGGUGACGCAGGAGGUGCUGCAGACAGCGUGGACCAAGGGGCGUAUGACUACGAGGACCGAGGAGCGCUCGGUGACCGCGGUCACCUUUCGCACCCAGAGUGAGUGACACAGUUUGUGGGACCCCGGGGCCCCGGCAGAACCUGGAUCUACCCCACCUUGCUACGGGAGGAUAAUUCUUCGUCAAGGAGCCGAACCUGAGAAAUUUUCCAGGGCUGUGAAUGCGAGAAAAUGCUCGAAGAACCAACUCCAAGCAGCCUUGGACUUCCUCGGUGGCUCCAGUGUCUCACAGUCGUUUAAGAGAACCAAAGGUGAAGAACACUUUCCAUUUUACAAGUGUCUCGGGAAGAGCAUCUGAACUUGUCUCCAGUACUAAGGAAUCUCUCAGGAUGACCGGGUCUCCACUCUUUGACUUAAUCUCUACCUCACAGAAAAACAAGUUCAUCUAAAAUUGUCUUUGUUAGAUAAAUUGCAUCAAAGACUCCCAGAUGCCCAUCUGAGCAUGUUAUGACUGAAACAAAUGUCAAAGCCACAUAACCAGCACCGAUCAGGCUAGUGUCUACCUCUUUUUUUAAUUAAUAUGUAUUUUUAAUUUUUUUGAGACAGUGUCUCACUGUGUAUCCCAGGCUUACUUUGGACUUGGUGUCUAGCCUGCGGUGAUUGAACUUGAAAUCUUCCUCAGCGUCUCACACACUGGGAUGACAGUGUGUGCCAGAAUGCCUGACUGCCACCUCUUUUUAACCCAUUUUUCCACACCUGUUACUACCUGUGAUUACCUGUGAUAUUCAUUAUAUUUGACGUGCUGUUGUAUUGAGGGGCCUUACCAGCUCAUGUUAAUAAAGCUCACUGUGAUUCUUUUCUUCCUAA